AUGAACUCGGCUGUUAAUAGCUAUAAAAGGAGCACGGGUUUUCUCUGCCAUGGGACAGGUGGUCAUCACCUUCCCCAACAAGCUAUCAGAAAUGAUUCCAUCCAUCCCUCCCAAAACUUUACUCCAUCUCCUCCGGACAUCUUCCUUCCUUCACCAUCUUCUCCCUCAGGAAGCAUCGAUAAUAACAACCUUCCAGUUUCAGCCCGCCAUUGCAAGCCUCCUCCUUGCUCUGCUUCUGGCUGUGCCAGCCCAGGGAAGAUGGCGGCGGCGACUUUGGGCUCUUCCUUUCUGGGUCUGCUUCCCUCCGAGCUUGAGAUCGAGAAGGCCAUUCGUGCUCUCCUCGACCUGUGGCAGAGCGCUUCUUCAUCUGGCUCGGAUCAAAACUGGAUGCGGCUUUUUGGAUGUAGGGAUCCGAGUGCGAGCAUACUGUUGUCUAGUGGAUGGGGGAGAGUUCGGCAUGCCCUUCAUCUGCUGCAAACGGAGCCAGCUAUUAAGAGAUUGGUUAUAUCGGUAGUCUUGGAUAAAGCUUUCUGGAGCGCCAUUAUGAAUAAUCAGUCGGUCCAGCAGUUCCAGGAGUUGCUUCUCUCAGAUAAAACAGAAAGCCCCCAGAUUUGUGAGGAAGUAGACUGGGGUACGAACGAUCUGUGGUGGCUCUUGGACAUCUUGAAGGACAAAAUCAUGGACCUCGUUGAAAAAUUCAAGCUGCUUUUGAUCGAGACAUUGCAACCUUCCCAGCCACACAAGAAAGAAGCUACGGCCGAGUUAGAGGAAAAAGUUGGAUCGCCAAGUGAAGUUUUCAGUGAUGGAGAGCAUCGGCUGGGAGCAAAGAAAUCUCAGCAUAUGGGGGACUCAAGAUAA